AUGCGUUCUCAGGCAUUUCUCCUUGUGUUGGCCGCGGCCAGCUCUGCCGUGUCGGCUCUGACUGUGCCCGUCCACGAUGCCUUGGUUGAGCGGGACCCUGAUUUCGCUGUUCGUUACGAACCCAUUGAAGUUCGCGAGCCUCAUCACCGAGGGAAGAAGAACGGAAACGCCAACAACAAGCGCGAAGAAGAGGAAUACCUCGAGACUCGGGCACCCCAUCACCGGGGAAAGGGGAAUCAGGCCGCCAAUGCCAACAACCGGCGGGAGGUUGAGUCCCGUGAACCCCAUCAUAGGGGUAGGAAGAACCAGGGCAAUGGCAACGCCAACGCCAACGCCAACGCCAACGCCAAUGUGCAGAGGGAUAUUGAGGCCCGAGAGCCCCAUCACCGCGGCCGCAAGAAUCAAGGGAACGGUAAUAACCAGCGAGACCUUGAGGGACGGGAGCCUCACCACCGGGGUCGGAAGAACCAAGGCAAUGCCAAUACCCGGGGGGGUGUCGAGGCCCGCGAGCCUCAUCAUCGCGGGAAGAAGAAUGCUGGAAAUGGAAACUAA